UGUGCACGCGCGUCGCACUAGCCCUUUUAUUUUCCGGGUUGCUGUCCUCGCAGGCGGCAGUUGCUCGGCUGCCAGCUGACACUGGCUGAGGAGGGGAGGUCAAAUUCGACUCUCUCUCUCUCACUUCGUGUCUGUCGCGCGGUCGUGUCAGCGAGAGGCAGCUAACCGGCGCAGCAGCAUCACCGCCACAAUCACCACCAUCAUGGCGGACCAAGCCGAAGCCCCGGUUCCAGUCCAGCCGUCGCCACCGCCGACUAGCUGGCCAAUUACCAGGGAGUCGUACGAGCUACAGGAAGUCAUUGGUAGCGGGGCCACAGCAGUGGUGCAGGCAGCCCUCUGUUGCCCCAGACAGGAGCGUGUUGCCAUCAAGAGAAUCAACCUGGAAAAAUGCCAGACCAGCAUGGAUGAAUUACUAAAAGAAAUUCAAGCAAUGAGCCAAUGCAACCAUCCCAAUGUUGUCACCUAUUAUACUUCCUUUGUGGUGAAGGAUGAACUGUGGUUAGUCAUGAAGCUUCUUAGUGGAGGCUCCAUGCUGGAUAUUAUCAAGCACACAAGCAAAGAAGAGGACAGAAAUCUCGACGAGCCAAUAAUUGCAUCGAUACUAAAAGAAGUGCUUGAAGGUCUCGACUAUCUGCACAGAAACGGACAAAUUCACCGGGAUGUGAAAGCUGGGAAUAUUCUACUGGGAGAAGAUGGAUCUGUUCAGAUUGCAGAUUUUGGCGUCAGCGCAUUUCUAGCCACAGGAGGGGAUAUGACAAGACACAAAGUUAGAAAAACAUUUGUAGGAACGCCAUGCUGGAUGGCACCAGAAGUGAUGGAACAGGUACGGGGUUAUGAUUUUAAAGCAGACAUUUGGAGUUUUGGCAUAACAGCCAUCGAACUAGCAACAGGGUCUGCACCCUAUCACCGCUACCCCCCUAUGAAGGUCUUAAUGUUGACACUGCAGAACGAUCCACCCACUCUGGAGACUGGUAUUGAGGACAAGGAAAUGCUAAAGAAGUAUGGCAAAUCUUUUAGGAAGCUAAUAUCUAUGUGCCUUCAGAAAGAUCCUGCCAAAAGGCCUGCAGCUGCGGAGCUCUUGAAGUGUAAAUUUUUCCAAAAGGCUAAGAACAAAGAAUAUCUUGUUGAAAAACUACUGUGCUGUGCGCCAAAGAUAUCCCAGAGAGCAAAGAAGGUUAGACGGGUCCCAGGCUCCAGUGGCCACCUGCACAAAACGGAGGAUGGUGAUUGGGAGUGGAGUGACGACGAGUUGGAUGAAGGAAGCGAGGAAGGCAAGGCAGCUGUAAACCGGGGCAGGUCACGGCGGGUCAAGGAUGGGUCCAAAGAAAAUGAAGAAAAUGUCAAUAACGUUCCUAUUGAUGGUUUAUCCAUUCAGCAUCCCCAGGUGGAGCCAUAUGGGGAUUCACCAUACAUUCAAGGUGCUGUGAAUAUGGUCCUGCGACUAAGGAACUCCAAAAAAGAACUGAAUGACAUCCGGUUUGAAUUCACUCCUGGGCGAGACACUGCUGAUGGUGUUUCCCAGGAAUUGUUCUCUGCGGGUCUCGUCAACGGACACGAUGUGGUCACUGUUGCUGCUAACCUUCAAAAGAUUGUAGAUGACCCAGCUACCUACAAAGUAUUGACCUUUAAGCUGGCCUCCUGCUGUGAUGACUCCGAGCUUCCGGAUGAGGUGAAGCUGAUCGGCUUUGCGCAGCUGAGUCUUAGCUGAUGCUCUCUUGACACCUCAAGCAGGUGAGACAGGGCCAACGUGUUUUCAGGGUAGACAGGCUGAGGAACAAAAAGCACCACUUCCAGCAAACAUCCUCCCUUCGAAAAACACCCCUACUCCUCCCAAGCACCAAACUUUCCGCGUUCCCGCGCCCAGCACACGAAACAGGGAUCGGGAUGAUGCCCAGGAAUUUACUCGUACUCAGGAUGUGAAAGAAGGUGACACGAAAUGUAGCUUUGAAUGUUUUAUUUAUUUAUUUCCUCAAUAUUUUUGGAUUUGUUUUACAUCACGUUACCUCUCGUGUUCCUCAAAGCUCUUGAUUAUUUAUUGAUUUUUUUUUUUCUCCCCUACAUCUGCCCAAAGAAAAAUUGCUUUGACUUGCAUUCCAAAAGCCCACAUUAUUUCCAGUAAAGCACAUUUUCAAAAUAAUACAAUGAAUGUCUUUAAAAAAAAAAAAAUCAGAUUGUAUGUUAUGAAUGAGUAUUAGGGUCACAGUGAAAAGGUGAAAAAUAGCAUUGUGAGAAUUGGCGUUCUCUUAGGAGGAAAAAAUGUAUCAAUUGCCCACACAACAGUAAACAAUUCAAUAAUUAUAAAGAAGAAUAUUUGUGAUAUUACCACUAUGUUUUUAUAAGUUUUUUUAGGCACACAACUAUGACUUGUUUCAUCCAUUAUUGCAAUUUGUUUUGUUAACAUUCUAUUUUGUUUCUCAGAAUUUCACGUUUUUCUGUACAAAAUUACACCUCCUUUCUCACAAUAUUGUGAAAUUUGAGUGGUAUUAAAACAGUGGAAAAUAUUUCAUAUUUCAGUGUGGCCCUAAUAAUACUUCAGCAUAGACCUCACUAUCAGUUGACGAGACAGCUCCUACAGACAUUGCGCCUCGGCUUCCCGUCGGGGGCCGGGCCAGGCAGAUUGACAUGGAGGCUUUCACUGCGAUAAACUCAAACGCACGCUGCGUUCUAACGCCGAAUUUAGGUGGAAACAGGACGAAAGUUUUAGUGCAUAAAAGCAGGCAGGAAUUUCACCAGAGUGAUUUGGACGAGGCUUCAAGGUAGUCAUUAUAUAAAAUAGCACAAAUCAUGCACUUUUGGGAUCACACUCCUCAGCCUCCCCGGUAAAGUCUAUUCAGGGGUGCUGGAGAGGAGGGUCUGUCGGGAAGUCAAAUCUGUGAUUCAGGAGGAGCAGUGUAGUUUUUGUUCUGGCUGUGGAACAGUGGACCAGCUCUGUACCCUCGGCAGGAUCGUCAAGGGUGCAUGGGAGUUCGCUCAACCAGUCUACAUGUGUUUUGUGGAUUUGGAGAAUGCAUUCAACCGUGUGCCUCGGGGAGUCUUGUUGGGGUCUUUUGGGAGUACAGGGUACCGAGCCCCUUGGUAAGGGCUGUUCGGUCCCUGUAUGACCGGUGUCAGAGUUUGGUUCGUAUUACCUGCACUAAGUCGUUUUCGUUCCCAGUGAUGGUUGGACUCAGCCAAGGCUGCUCUUUGUCACCGAUUCUGUUCAUAACUUCUAUGGACAGAAUUUCUAGGCGCAGCCAAAGCGUUGAGGGUGUCCAGUUUGGUGGCCUCAGCAUUGCAUCUCUGCUUUUUGUAGAUUAUGUGGUGCUGUUGGCUUCAUCAAGUCGUGACCUCCAACUCACACUGGGGUGGUUCGCAGCCGAAUGUGAAGCAGUUGGGAUGAAGAUCGGCACCUUCAAAUCCGAAACCAUGGUCCUCAGCCGGAAAAGUGUGGCGUACCCUUCCGGGUCGGGGAUGAGAUCCUGCCCCAAGUGGAGGAGUUCAAGUAUCUUGGGGUCUUGUUCACGAGUGAGGGUAGGAGAACGAGAGAUCGACAGGCGGAUCGGUGCAGCGUCUGCAGUGACACGGACUCUGCACCGGCCCGUAGUGGUGAAGAAGGAGCUGAGCCGGAAGGCUACGUUCCUACCCUCACCGAUGGUCACGAGCUGUGGGUCAUGACCAAAAGAACAAGAUCCGGGAUACAAGCGGCCGAAAUAAGUUUCCUCCGCAGGGUGUCUGGGCUCUCCCUUAGAGGGUGAGAAGCUCGGUCACCCGGGAGAGACUCUGUGUCGAACUGCUAUUCCUCCGCCUUGAGAGGAGCCAUUUGAGGUGUCUCGGACAUCUGGUUCGGGUUCCUCCUGGACGCCUCCCUGGAGAGGUGUUCCAGGCAUGUCCCACUGGCGGGAGACCCUGGGACGACCAGGACACGCUGAGGAGACCAUGUCUCUCGGUCGCCCUGGGAACGCCUUGGGAUCCCGUCGGAGGUGCUGGUUGAAGUGGCUGGGGAGAGGCAAGUGUGGGCUUCCCUGCCAAAGCUGCUGCUUUACCCCAGAUUAAGCGGCAGAUGAUGGAUGGAGGGAUGGCAUGCACUUUGAAAUGUGGAAAAAAAUAAAAUGAAUGGAAAAAAAUGAACGCAACAUUAGCUUGAAAUAUUUACGUAAAAUGAAUGGUAACUGCCCGUUGUUUUGCUUUUAACCAAGAAUUUAGACGGCUUUACUUUCAUUUAUAUAGAAGUUCCGGGAUUUACGCAGUAACUUCCAAGAAUUUUCAACGUAAAAAGCUCUUCAUUUUGUAACGACCGCCAGGUUGAAUUUUGUAUCGAUACACAAUAGCGUAACUUUACAUUCAAAUUAUCAGGUAAUUUUUGCCCAACUGCCCGUUUUUUGGCAAAAGAAAAAAACCUAGUAAUUUAGACCUUUCUGCUUUCAUACAAAAAACAAAUUCGGCUUUUACGUGUACAUGAUGGUUGGCAAGACAUGCUGUGGUAAUAGUGACAUCGAAAUUCAACCUAGAUAAGUUUUGAUUGUAUACAGAAAAAUGAAAAAUGUUGAUUUUGUUGAGUAAAAUUAUUGGUUAAAGAAAGCAUGCAGAAUCAUCUGAAGUUUCUGAUGUGAAAAUUGAGUGAUUUAUUAGCUGUUGAAACUGUUGAAAUUGCAAAAAAAAAAAAAAAAAUUUUUUUUAAUGAUAUGUUAAAUAUUGCUAUUGAUUUUGAGAAUAUAGGUGAUUAUCUCUGCAUUUGGUCAUUUUUGUGCAUCUAGCGUUAAUCUGACAAUUUUAUAGCCAUUUUAAGUUUUGUUAUAUAAAAAGUCAAGGGAUUUUAUUUAGCAAUGACUUUGAAUUUUUUUGAUGAAGACUCAUACAUGCCUAAGGGAGGUGCCUGUUUUGGUUUGAGGUCGCUAGCGCCUUUGAUUUUGAAAAUAUUUGAAUUUUAAGUUUUUGAAAAUAGGCCCCCUAUGGAACGACCCCGUUUCCCGUCAACUGAUAGUGAAGUCUAUGACUUCACAGUAGUCUUAACAUGGACAGCAAGGUUCGAGUGCCCAGGCGAAGAACAAAAGAGACCCGGACACUGCUGUGUUCAAUUUGCUGCUCAAGUCAUGACAGUGUUAAUGCUUCACAACGCUCAAGGUGCCUUGUUCAUUUUCACGUGCCUAAGACAGCUUGUCAGAGGGAGACCACAAAAAUACUAAGCCGAGUCUGCCAAUUUUCAUUUCACACACUCGUGUUAGUCCAGCAGUGAAGCAUCUUAAUGUUAAUGCACUUUUCGGCUGACAUGCGUUUGCUCUGAACAAGCAGAUGCCUUCGCCCUUGGAGACUAUUAAGUUGUGCUUUUUUUUUUUUGUUCUUCUCCACAUGACUCGUGGUGAUGUGCGUGAUCUGCUUGUAUUUAUCUGCUUUCACAGACUCACUGUUCAUUAAAUUCUGACAUGCAGUACAACAA